CAGGGGGGACGUCUAAGUGGUGAGGAGUGGAACCGUCACUUGGUUGUGCAUCUGUCACCAUGGUAGACACGCGUACAGGAACAAGCACCUCCCCUUAUACAGCAGAGCAGGAUGCGAAGGCCGUUGCCAUCCUGAAAGAGAGAAGAGAGAAGAAGGAGGCCAAGAAGAAGGCCUUGAUAGAAGAACAGGCGGCGAAGUUGAAGAAGAUUGAGGAGGAGAUGGCCAGAGAAAAAGAGAGGUUAAAGAAAGAAGAAGAAGAGAAGCUCAAGGCAGUAGAAGAGGAGGAAGAGGAAAAAGAACCGCCACUGGAAAGGCGAAGGACAGGAGGGAGAGGAGAAUCCAGUGGAACAAAGGAAGAUCAGAUGGAGAAGAAGAUUACGGAGUGGGUUGCUGGUUUAUCCCUGGGAGAAGAAGAGGAGGCACUAAUGUAUGUGCCCAGGGAAGAACAAGAGGCAGCCAUAAGAGAGUGGGAUGCAGAAGAAGACCCACUCAAGCGGCAGGCUAUAGAAGAUGAGAAGAGGAUGGAGUGGAAGUUUCGACUGACGAGGGAGAAGAAAAGGAGAAUGGAGGCUGCGAGCCAGGCGGCGAAAGCAUUGGAGGAGGUAAAGAAGCAAAAAGCGCAGAUGGCGACGCAGGUGGACCUACUAGGGAAGAUGGAGAUCAUGGCGAGAAACAUAGAGCACCUGGCCCAGGUCCAGGAAGGACAAUAUCUGUUUGGUAGAGGUCAGGACAUUGCCUUGCGCUCUGUACGGCUGGGACUUGGGGACUUUGCAAGGGAAUUAGCAACGCAAGUGGGCUCAGAGGGGAAGGUCCGCCUAGAGGGUGCGGAGCGUUAUUGCAUGGGCGCCAUAGAAGGCGCCAGAUUGACUGCUCCCAAGGAGGAGGAAGCACAUCCCCGAAGGGAGCUUGUGAAGGUCAAGUUCCCUGACUCCGAUAGCGAGAAGAAAGAGGAUAAUUUUGACAAUUGGGAAGCCAAUGUCAAAACCUAUGCACAUUUGUAGAAGGUCUCCCCGGACGAGCAUGUCCUUAUAGCCAUCCAUGCCCUCCGAGACGAAGCAGCGAGCUUCGCACGUUACUUG